AUGCGGUGGACAUAUUUUGUUGUAUUGAGCUUGCUCUCUCCCGGUCUGGCCAAGCCGACAAGCCCAUACCACUCGAACGCUGCAUGGGACUUUAUCGCCACACACAACAAAAUCGAGCGCGCCGCUGAACCAACCAAAUCGGCCGUUUCGAAUUAUGCGCUGCGUGGUAGGACUCUUGAUUCGUCCGCACUAGGCGUCGACACUGUCAAGCAGUGUGCAGGCUAUUUAGAUGACAACGAAAGGAACAAGCAUCUGUUUUACUGGUUCUUCGAGUCGCGGAACGAUCCCUCGAAGGAUCCGUUGAUCCUGUGGCUCCAGGGCGGUCCUGGCUGCUCCGGCAUGUCUGGUCUCUUCUUCGAGAAUGGUCCUGCCAAAAUCGGCGAGAAUUUAACAAUUGUUCGCAACCCCGACUCAUGGAAUAACAAGGCCAACGUUUUAUACAUCGACCCGCCUGUCAAUACCGGCUUCUCCCAUGGCGACGCCGUCAACACCACCCUAGCCGCCAGCAAGGACAUCUACGCCCUGCUCUCCCUGUUCUUCCAGCAGUUCCCACAAUACGCGAAGCUCGACUUUCACAUUACGGGAGAGUCGUACGCCGGCCACUACAUCCCCACUGAUGCCGCCGAAAUUUUAUCGCACGCAGACAGCAGCAUCAAUCUGAAGAGCAUCAUGAUCGGCAACGGAUACGUGGACCCAUAUCAUCAGGUGCCGCAGUAUCCCAACAUGGCGUGCGGCAGGGGAGGACUGCCAGCCAUUUUCAAGGAGACUACAUGUGAAACCAUGAGACACGCUGUGCCCAAGUGUCAGCAAAUGAUUCAACAGUGUUACAAUCACCACAACACCUCUCGGUGCAUCAAGACGUCGCAGGACUGUACCGCUGUUGGUGGGCCAUGUGAGCGCAACCCUUAUGAUAUGCGCAAGCAGUGCGUUGGGGACCUCACCAACAUGUGCUACCAGGGUGUCGAGUACGUGACGCAGUUCUUGAACAAGCCAGAGGUGAUGGCGGCGCUCGGUGUCGAGGUCAAGAGCUGGACGUCGUGCAGCGACAGCAUGGACAAGGCCUUUCACGCGGCGGGCGACGACAUCCAGCCCGUAUAUCGCCAUGUCGAGACGGUCUUGGAAAAAGGCGUACCGGUGCUGAUUUACGCGGGCGAUGUUGACUACAUUCUCAACUGGCUCGGUCAGCGGGCCUGGACCAAUGCGCUUCAGUGGUCUGUGCACGAGGCUUUCAACUGGGCGCAAACGAGGAACUUGACGAUCGACUCGUCGAAUUCGACUCAGGCAUACGGAACGCUGAAGCAUGCCAAGGGGUUGGCUUUUGCGCGCAUAUUCAAGGCGGGCCACUUGGUGCCGAUGGACCAACCGAAGCCGAUCCUCGACCUUGUGAGCAGAUGGGUAGGCGGUGAGUUUCAGAAGUAA